GAAUCUACUGUCGAUCUGAAGAGACAGAACGUUGUCACGUUGCCUAUGAUCACUGAAUGAUGACGUCUAUUUCAAUGCAAUUAAUUCUCGGUCUUUGCCUUGAAAUUAUCAUUUCACAAAGCUCUCCACCCACUUGGCUCUAUAUCAUUGAUGGAGAGGGCAUCAUUUACUACUCAAACAACAUCUCCCUAACCGUAAUAGCUGACCAACAACAAGACAUCACAUGUGAAGCAUAUGGAGCAAGGCCAACUGCAGUAUUGGAAUGGCGUUUACCUGAUGAUAUAACAGUUGUUCAUCACGAUCAGUCUGAUGAUAUUCAAGACAGCUUUUACAUCUCUCAGAAAGCCGUGACAAUCACUCCCUCAAGGGAUGACCACGGAAAGAUUAUUCGCUGCAUCGCAUCACAUCAAGAACUAUCAAAAAACCUUCAAUGCACAGUAAAUAUGAAUGUACAUGUUCUUCCUAUGAGUGUGUUCCUCUUUCCAACUGGAGGUAUCCAGUCCCGGACAAGACUCAUUUACGUUCAAGAAGAUUCACCGACUUCAAUCACAUGUAGAAGUAUUGGGUCAUUCCCAGCCACUGAACUAUCCUUUCAGUUAGAAAGUGGCAAUGGUCUCGGCGAAAGAAUUCUUCCAAACAUCUCAAGCGAAAGAAGCAUUUUGGAUGACGCUCUGUUUGACACUGAAGGUACUGUAACAUUACACUUAAACAUUGUGCAUCAUGGACAGUACAUUAAAUGCUUCACAUCGCUUGAAGAAUCUGUGGUGGAAUUGGUGUAUGCCAAAGUAAUCGUUUACGGCCCGCCAGGAGGCAUCAAAAUGACUUUCCUUGGGGAUCUGUACGACGAAAUAGAAAUAAAUAUAUCCUGCAAAGCUGUUAAUGGAUACCCCGCACCGCAUAUCCAUUGGUACAUCGGAUCAAGAAAUCUUACAGAGGAUUCAUUUUUAAACAUAAGUGAAAAUAAAGCUGGUCGAUAUGAUGCUGAAAGCACGCUUACUCUAAUGCCGACGAGAUUUGACAAUGGGAAACAACUUCUCUGCCGGGCACUUCAACCUACAACACUCAAAGCUAGUUCGGUGAAUCAAAGCUUGGUUCUGAACGUAACGUAUGCUCCCGAUGUGUCAAUUGCUGUCCGACGUCGUACAUCGAGCAAAGCAAGUGGGACUACGGAGCUCGUGUUGAUAUGUAAAGCGGACGCUAAGCCUCUUGUCACCACCUUCGUUUGGCUUUGCAACGAAACUGUAGUGUCCAAGGACACCAAUAACUACAGAUUCAUCGAGACGAUAUCGGAAAACGCAACACUAACGUCCAGUGUACUUGGGAUUCAAAACCCACUCUCCCAAUAUCAUUCUGUUUAUAAAUGCACCGCUGUAUCAGAAUAUGGGUCAGGAAGUGCGGUAUUAAAUUCCCUUUAUUUGUAUUUAAUUCCGAAUGCACCUUCUGGUUUCAUCAUCCAACAAAACCAGACGAGAUCUUCAUCUCUUUUCGUUGCCUGGAAACAAGAGUUCAUCAUCGGAAAAUGAGACAAAAACAUCUUUCCGAAAGUAAGGACAAU